CACACACUCGCUUUCGCAGAGUCCAAGCAGCGCGCUCCUGAGAGAAGCGCGCGCGAAGCGCAGUGCCAAAUUGCGCGCGGAGAGAGAAGGCGCUUCCUCCACAUCCCUCAGCGACAUUCCUCUGUUUACCGGAGCAGAAAACGAGCCGCUUUCGUCUUUAACAUGUUUUAAAACGCGCACCAUGUGGACGUUACCGAAGCCCGGGUACCGCGACGGCGCGGAGAAGCAGAUCGCCGUGAACGUAGGCGGUGUGAGGCUCGCGCUGCGCGGCGACAUGCUGGACCGCUACCCGGAGAGUCGCCUCGCGGAGCUCGCGCGCUGCACGACGCGCGGUUUCGACGCCAUCUCCUCGCUGUGUGACGACUACGAGCCGGCGAAGGGGGAGUUUUACUUCGACCGGGACCCGGACUCGUUCAAGUGCAUCGUGGAGGUGUAUUAUUUCGGCGAGGUGCACAUGAAGAAAGGGAUUUGCCCGAUGUGCUUCAUGAAGGAAAUGGAGUUCUGGAGGAUCGACUCGAGCUGCUUGGAUGAAUGCUGCAAGAGCAACGUGCGCGAGAAGGAGGAAGAGCUGGCUGAAAUAGCCGAUAAGGUCAAGGCCAUCCUGGACGAUCUGGACAUAGACGGAGGGCCUUUGGCGACUCGGUCUGAGCGCAUCCGGAAGUUUCUCUGGAGGCUCAUGGAGAAACCGGAGUCGUCCUGGGUGGCGCGGGCAAUCGCGGUUGCCUCGUUCCUCUUCGUGUUGGCGUCGUCCCUGGUGAUGUGCCUGGCAACGCUUCCAGAGCUGCAGGUGCAGGACGCAGAUGGCCACGUGGUCGAACACCCGACUCUGGAUGCCAUUGAGACUGCGUGCGUCUGCUGGUUUACGUUGGAAUACGGGCUACGUUUUGCCUCCGCUCCUGAAAAGAUGCGUUUCGUCCUGUCCUUCCUCAACAUGGUAGACCUGGCCGCGAUUGCGCCUUUUUACAUCGUACUGGCUCUGACGCACCUCGGUGCCACUGCCGCCAUGGACCUCACGGACGUCCAGCGGGCCGUGCAGGCGUUACGCGUGAUGCGUGUAGCUCGCAUACUAAAGCUGGCACGUCACUCGUCUGGACUUCAGACUCUGACGUAUGCGCUAAGGCGGAGCUUCGCCGAGCUCGGGCUCUUGCUAACCUACAUGGGCGUCGGAAUUUUUGUUUUCUCAGCACUCGGAUACACCAUGGAGCACAGCCACCCGGAGACAAUGUUCCGCAGCAUCCCACACUCCUUCUGGUGGGCCAUCAUCACCAUGACGACGGUGGGCUACGGUGACGUGUACCCGAAGACGGCACUGGGGAGGUGCAAUGCAGCACUCAGCUUCCUGUGCGGCGUAGUAGCUAUCGCGCUGCCUGUGCACCCCAUCAUCAACAACUUUGUCGUCUACUACAACAAACAGAAGGUGCUGGAGACCGCAGCCAGACACGAGCUCGAGCUCAUGGAGCUGCACGGGACGCUCGGACAGCCGGCCGACAAACGAGAGACGCUCAGGGUUUCGAGAAGCGACUCGCACAUUGAGAUGCUAACAGGGGAGCGCAGGGUGGUGAAGAAGAGAAGCGUAUCUUAAAAAAACUGCAGGGGAAAAAACAAAUAAACAACCGUAGCAAGAAUCAGUGACUCAGAGACUGCCAUAAACUUCUCAACACGCUACGAAACAAAGUCUGUGUCAAGAAAUGGACUUAUGCCUCUGAGAUGUGUGUCGUAAAAAAAACAAAACAAAGUGGCUUAUACAUGUUAAUGAAAAAAAAGCCAGCAAAGCUAACGUCCCUGUCUGAAAUGUGCAUGAGGUUUACGUGAGGUCAGAAAAAAAAUGAAUAUAUGAAUGAUAAUGUGCAUGUUGUAAAAAAAAAACAAACAAAAAAAAAUAACAGCCACUUAAUAUUUUACCAAAAUAAAAUGCUGUCCAGUUCCUAGUGUUUAAGCUCACUCACUGAAUAACCAACUGACCAGACCUGUGCAGCUAGCAAAACAAACAGAAGACAAGUAAAAAAAUCUCCAUGACUCACACUGCCCCCUGUGGCUGAAACGUGAUGGUGCAACAGUCAAAUCAGUGUGAAAACAUUUCAUUUGCUUAAGCAGCAACAAGUGUGAAGAAAAACAAUGCGGAUGUAAAGAUUUAGCGCUAAACAGUCAGGAGGAAAAAAAAUUAAUUAACAACCUAGUUUUCUUUGUUAUUAGCGAGCUAACUUGCUUUAGUGAAAUUAUGGGCACAUUUCUCUAAUAUUUAGAGAAACAUAACACAUCUCCCCAAAUAAUUCAGAACUCAUGGUGUGCGACUUUAUUCAGAUGGAUCACAUUCCGUGAAAAUCAAAGUUAGCUAGCUGACUAAGGGAGAAAUGUUUACAGCUAGCAGGCUAAUGCUAACACCGACACUGUUUUCUUCCAUUCAGUAGAGUUUAGGUAAAAGAAUCACAGGCAGAUUUUGAUCAGUGUAGUUAAGAUAACUAGCUGCUUGAGUUUGAUGAUUCAAUGAUUACACGAUUUCCUGGAAAGUUUCCGUUUCUGACAGCGCUCUGGAUAAAUUUAGCCCGAUUAUUGUGCAGCUUGCGAGCGCUAAACUAUUAGGCAUGGACUCUGUCAUGCUCUUUUAUUUUGAUGCCUGUAUUUUUUUAUUAGAGUUUUCCAAAACAUGAGCUUCAGAUUAGCGGAAGAAUGUUCCAGCUCCCUGAAAUACACAUUUUCUUAAAUAAUUUCUAUAGUGAGUUGCCAUGUAUACUGUAAAGGACAUGCUCGAGGCAGUGUUUUGAAACAAAGGUGUUAGUGAGUCAUUUAAGCUCCGAGUUAUUUGCAUCUCAGCCCCUAGAACCUGUCAGGAAUGUAAACCAUGCCUUGCUGUCUGCUCCAUGCUUCUGUUCCUUCUUAGAAAGUUUGCGUUUUGAACUGAGAGGAAAUCCGAGAGGAGUCCUGGAGGACAAACCGCCGCAGUCUUCCAGGCUCUUUGUGUUCAGCAGAGCUCCCGGGCAGCGGCAGAGUUCCAGGCGCUUCUUCUUUCUGAGGUUUAGCUUCCUGCUCAGGCUGUGAAAUCUCGUCCUGGAUGCGGUCCCAUGUGCAAAAAUUGUUAAUGCGGUUUAUCCUUAAAACACACCCUCCUCUUGGCUGUUUCCGUGUCUCCAGAAGUCGAGUCUUUCUGUCUGUCCUGUAGAAACUGUUCCAUUAGAGACUCACACUGCGGGCAGGAGGAAUUCAUUAAGGAGUGGAGUGAUCCGUUUAGUGAGCAGCAUGUGGCCAGGUAAAUCUGAUGCCCUGCUUCAUUGCUCCAGCCGAUGAAGCAGGGCAUCAGAUGGUGCAUCUGUGAAGGUUUUCCUCCCAUGAGAUAAUGUGCUGAAAAUUUCCUUCUGAUGCUUCAGUGGAACAAAACAGCCCUGGGUGGGAAAGACACCGUUAAUGCCCCUCCCUCUGUUGAUUAGCCGACCACUGGCCCUCGCUCUGUAGUGGAGCUCAGGUACAGCUGUGCUUCUCAACUCAGCAAUCUACUAUAUCUCUCACGCUUCCUCUACAAAUCUGGUUGCACUUCUUGAAUUUUCUCUGUGGGCCUAUGGUGUUCACAUCUGACUUCGGGAAUUCGCUCCAGGAAGCUGGUUAAAUUCACAUCUUCGAUUCUGGAUCAUGCACUUCCACGAUUGUGGUUUACAGAAUUCACUCCUUGUAGUUCUAGAAUAUUCUUGUCAGGUCCCAGAGGAAUUCCGACUGCAAUUCCGGGUUUCCGAUUUCUCUCUCUUCUUCUAGACCUCUUGUUACCUUGUCAAGAAUUCUCAGCAUAUUCCCAUCUCAUUUUGAAAAUUCACAUUUCACUUCCAGGAAUUUUGAUUCCAGAAUUCCUACAUGACAUAGAAUUGCUAGGUCACGUCCGGAAUUCCCCUUGCUUUUCUAGAACUCACUCUGCACCCUGCAGUUCUGGAAUUUUUUCUACAUAUCGAGAAAUAUCACAGAAGUUCAAAAGGGAAUGAAAUCUCAUCUCACUGCCAGAAUUCUCACUGCCCUUCCGGACUUUUUUCAGAACUCCAGAGUUGUAAACGCAAUUCCAGAAUUUCUCGUUCGAUUGAUGGAAUUCUAGUUUCACCUCCAUCACCCUUUCAGAAUUCCAUUUGCGGGCCCGUAAUUCUGUUGUGCUUCAAGAAAUCUGACUGAGCUUUGGGAAUUCUCGGAUUUCAGAGUUCUAGGAUUCCCAUCUUACUUUUAGGAUUUCCACUUUUCAGUGUACAUUUAGAAUUCCUGAAAUACAGCUCCGUGAUUCCCAUAUCAGUUCUAGGGAAUCUCAGUGUGCACUUCCGGAAUUCUCGUGGUCAUUGCGCAUCUGAAACUCUCACUGCACUUCUCGGAAUUCUCGAUUUGUUGUGGAAAGCAGGGUUAUUUCUAAUGAUUGAUUGGGAUUUUGCUGUAACGAGGCGGACCAAAGAAAAAAUCCAAAGUUAAAAGGUUCAUAUUGUGUGAUUGUGUUGAUCUUGUGUUCAGUCCAUUACGUGAAUUCUGGAAUAUGGCAAUAGACUGAUUUAUUACAUGUGCAACCUCCAGACCCGCAACCCUCAGAGUGAACGAUUCAUCAGCCGGCGGCGGAGGAACCAAUCCGCUCUCUGGCUUCUCCACUGCCAUGGGAACGCAGGCGACACAUGCCUGAGCGAGUGCUAAUAGAUUUCCAUUUCUGAAAGUGCACUCAGAUGUCAGACUGAGUCGGAGCUGCGUGUGAGGAAGCGGCCAAGUCUCCAGUACGGAUUUGUGUAGAAAAUGUCGAGCAAAUUCUUUUCUUUUCUCUCUCUCUCUCUCUCUCUCUCUCUCUCUCUCUCUCUCUCUCUCUCUCUCUCUCAACUUCUCUCUCAUCACAUCAGCAGAUCCUCCAGAGUUCAUCUCCUCCACAAAAGAAAAGCACUCUCUCUAACAUCUCCUCCAAGCUCUCUGUGUGUGUGUGUGUGUGUGUUCUGCUCUAGUUUCCUCUGCAUGAUGGGUUUAUAACCUCUCCAGCAAGCCGCCAUGUCUCAUUACGACAACAACAAAAUCUCAGCUCACGCUUGUUUGCUUCGCUCUUCACAGGUGUAUAUUCUUCACACGCUUCCUCAGGCACUUCUUUUACGUUAAUCUUCAGGUUCUUCUGAAGCACUCUGUACUGGCCGCACCUCCAGAUGUUUACCUGUGAAGCCCUUUGAAGGGAUCAGCAGCUAAAAGUCACUUUCAGAGGAUGCAAAUGUGAAGCUCACGGCUGACUGACCUGCACAUUGUCCGAUUUACCUUUCAAAUGCACUGGGACCGCAUAAGACACGGCGCUGGCAUGUGCUCUGUCGCAUUUGAAUGGAGUUUAUUUGGAAUCAGUUCAGAUCUGCUGUUUAUUUUCACGAAAACAUCUGGCAGAACAGAUGCAGAUCUUCUCUUAACCUUUGUCUACGUUAUAACACGGGUCUCUACUUAAACUGCUCACACAGACUGUGUGUGUGUGUGUGUGUGAAUCAUCAACGAUCCGAUCCAGCUCAGUAAUUUGUGUAUGAAUCACAGAGCUGAAGGCUGAUUAUGUGGAGAGGAAGCCAGGAGAAAGAAGCUAGCAGUGUUUUAUUAAAACCUCACACGCUUUGAAUAUGAAGUGAGGAAUUAAUUUCACUGAGGAAAAGCUGCAUCAAGGCUGCGUACAUGUGGAGGGAAGUACGUGUAAAUGGGGAAAGCUGUGGGUGUUGUUCUGUGUGUGUGUGUGUGUGUGUUUGGGAGAGUCGUUCUGUUCCUCGGUCCCUCUGGGGUCAGGAUCCAUUCACACGUAACAGAUAAACGAACCUCCAUUCGUGCACAAGUGUUCAUCUGAGGAUGGAGAAGGUGUGUGUGUGUGUGUGUGUGUGUGUGUGUGUGUGUGAAUGCAGAAGCUUGGACGUGACAGCGUUUCAUUAGAGUAUCAUUUCAGUUCUGGCUGAAUAACGAAUGCAGCUGCGCUGUUGGGAUAAACGAGUAUUGUGUGUGUUCACAUGUUACCUGAUUAUUAUAAUCUCUCUAGUGCACAUGACAUCCAGAUGGAGACAGGGUGAGAGAGAGAGAGAGAGAGAGAGAGAGAGAGAGAAAGAGAGAGAGAAAGAGAGCGAGAGAGAGAGAUGUGUGGUGAGAAGAAACAACUCAAACUCUUUUAUCGGGAAUAAGAAUGUUGUUUUCUGCCUUGUUGUUGUGGUUGUUGUUGUUGUUUCACUAAAUGCUUCAGAUUAAUUGCUUUAAUAAGUCUGUUGUUUGUUCUGCUUCCAUCAUCACCUGCAGUUCCUCACACUGCAGCUAUCACUGCUUUUAGCAUCAUUUAUGCAUUCUGUGACUCAUCAAGGCUUAGAACUGUUUAUAUAAGUGUAUGUAUUUAACACUGUGUGUGUGUGUGUGUGUGUGUGUGAGGGUAAUUUUUGUUGUUCGGUUGCAAUACAAGCUUGUAACAAAAGGUGUGUGCUGAAGUUACUGAAAAUAAGUUGCAGUAAAAUCACAUAAAGGAGCUGCAUUCACUGUGGCACAAACCCAGUCCAGCUGUAACAAGCUGUAAUGAGCUGUAACGAACUGUAAUGACUGGUAACAAGCUGUAAUGAGCUGUAUUGAGCUGUACCGAGCUGUACCUAGUUGUUAUGAGCUGUAACAAGCUGUAAUAAGCUGUAAUGAGCUGUAUUGAGCUGUACAUAGCUGUACCUAGCUGUUAUGAGCUGUAAGGAGCUGUAAUGAGCUGUAACAUUCUGUAAUGAGAUGUACCUAGCCGUUAUGAGCUGUAACGAGCUGUAAUGAGCUGUAACGAGCUGUAUCUAGCUGUUAUGAGCUGUAACGAGCUGUAACGAGCUGUAUCUAGCUGCAAUGAACUGUAUUGAGAUGUAAAAAGCUGUACCUAGCUGUAAUGAGCUGUAUUGAGCUGUACCGAGCUGUACCUAGUUGUUAUGAGCUGUAACAAGCUGUAAUGAGCUGUAAUGAGCUGUAUUGAGCUUUACAUAGCUGUACCUAGCUGUUAUGAGCUGUAAGGAGCUGUAACAAGCUGUUAUGAGCUUGAACAAGUUGAAAUGAGCUGUACCUAGCUGCAAUGAGCUGUAAUGAACUGUAACAAGCUGUAACAAGCCAUACCUAACUGUAAUGAGCUGUAAUGAGCUUUAACAAGCUGUACCUAGCUACAAUGAACUGUAUUGAGCUGUAAUGAGUUGUAACGAGCUGUACCAAGCUGUUAUGAGCUGCAACAAUGCUGUAACUAGCUGUAAGAAGCUGUAACAAGCUGUAUCAAGCUGCAGUGAGCUGUAACAAACUGUAAUAAGCUGUAACAAGCUGUAACAAACUGUAAUGAGCUGUAACGAGCUAUAACAAGCUGUAAUGAACUGUAACGAGCUAUAACAAGCUGUAAUGAGCUGUAACGAGCUAUAACAAGCUGUAAUGAGCUGUAACAAGCUAUAACGAGCUGUAACACGCUGUAACGAGCUAUAACAAGCUUUAAUGAGCUGUAACGAGCUAUAACAAGCUGUAAUGAGCUGUAACGAGCUGUAAUGAGCUGUAACCAGGUGUAACAAGCUGUAAUGAGCUGUACUGAGCUAUAACAAGCUGUAACACGCUGUAAUGAGCUGUAACAAGCUGUAAUGAGCUAUAUUGAGUUG